CGAAAGUGUGCUUGUCUGCUCGUCCGCAUUUCCUAAACUCCAUAAUCCCCUCUGAUGGUGCAACGCUGGUCUCUAAGACUCAGCUAUCUUUACCUGCAGCUCGUUUUGCUCAAUGGUCCCGUAGGUAUCCAGUCCAUUAAGAAGGCUCUGCCAAUUGAUCCGUCAAUGGUCCCACCAGUCCAGAAAUGCGUGCGAAAGAACGGCUAUGCAAUCGUUACCUUAUCGCCUCCCCUCGCCGUCAUGUCUGAUCAAGGUAAGGAUUUACAGUAGACAUGCUGACCAAUGCAUCAUUGAC